AUGCCGGCUCCAUCUUUACCCAUCUCCAGCCUUCACUCCUCCCCAGCUGCUUGCUAUCCCAGGAGGCACUUCAAGCGAAAGCACCACUGCAUAACAGGUAAUGACGUGGCAUUUAAUGAUACUGUCCAAAGUGAUCCAGGCCUGCAGAAAGCUGCUGGCAAAGGAGAUACUCCAACAAAGAGACCCCCAGUCCUCAGAGCAGGUGUGAACACUGUCACCACUCUGGUGGAGAGCAAGAAGGCUCAGCUGGUUGUCAUUGCCCAUGACAUGUUCCUACCUGCACUGUGCUGUAAGAUGGGCAUUCCAUACUGCAUUGUCAAGGGCAAGGCCAGGCUGGGCCACCUGCUUAACAAGAAGACCUGCACGUCCUUUGCCUUCAAACAGAUCACCUCUGAGGAUAAGGGAGCUCUGGCUAAACUGGAGGAAGCUGUCCAGCCCAACUACAAUAAAGUCAUGGGCCCAAAAUCCACAGCCUGUGUUGCCAAGCUGGAAAAAGCAAAGGCCAAGGAACUAGUAACCAAGCUGGGUUAAAUCUUCCAAGCUUGUGUUUACCUGUUCUGUACAUAAAAAU